AUGUAUGGAACUGAUACCACCAUGAGCAAUAGCAGAGAUCGUGGGAGUGGAAGAGAUGCGUCGAACGAUGAGGGUAGGAGUAUUUUUGUGAGCUCCAUUGGCAGUGCUGGAGUGAGGACGAAGAAAAAAUUCAUUGCCUCGAAAUGUAAUUGUGGGAUUCAUGCAAUUCUAUUCUUGUCGUCAACACAGUCGAAUCCUAAUAGGCUAUUCUUUGGAUGCCCAAAUUUCAAGACUGCAGAAUCUCAUUGCAAAUAUUUUCUAUGGCUGGAUGAAUAUGUUUUACUAUUUGAAGAGGAGGAAAUAAAUGAUGACAACCUUUAUGGUCGGAAUCCAAAGCAAAAUCAUUUGUUAGAUGUAGCUGUUUUGAUGGAGAUGAAAGUGACUAAGUUAGAGGACAGAAUUUCUGGGUUAGAGUUACAGAUGAAAAAUUCUAGACACGUUAAGUGUAAUAGAGGUUUUAAUUAUCCAUUGAUGGCUGUUGUGUUUGUAUUUGGAGUUGUAUUUGCAAAUUAUCUCCAUUAA